UUCAAUUUACUGUAUGCACUCAGCAAAGGAAAAAUAAGCAGGGCAGGAGGAGAAGGCAGAGUCCACCCAGAGGUUACAAAAGAGUGUAUUUGGGUGAUCGUCAAGGAUACGCGCCGGGUGCGUGUGGGAGAUGAGCAGUCCCGAUGCGGGCUACGCCAGUGACGACCCGAGCCAGACCCGCGGCACCAGCUCAGUCAUGAUGCCCGGCGUGAGCCAGUGCGCGUGGGCGGACCCGCUCAGCCCGCUUGCUGACUCCAAACUGAAGAGCGAGACGUGUCCUGCUGCUGUGGGUCCCAGGCGCGGCAAAAGCGAGCCGCGCAUCCGACGGCCGAUGAACGCAUUCAUGGUGUGGGCAAAAGAUGAGCGCAAGAGGUUGGCGCAGCAAAACCCCGACCUGCACAACGCGGAGCUCAGUAAAAUGCUCGGUAAGCAAUGGAAAGCUUUACCAAUGGUGGACAAACGUCCAUUCGUGGAGGAGGCUGAACGUCUGCGAGUGAAACACAUGCAGGACCACCCAAACUACAAGUACCGGCCACGGCGUCGCAAACAGGUGAAACGAAACAAACGACUGGACCCUGGCUUCCUGCUGCCUGGGGCAGACACGCAGAUCCCUUUGGGGAUGGACGGUAUGGGUUAUUCUGGACUGCCGCAAGCCGGACUGCCUCCGUACUGUGAGACCCAGGGUUUGUUUGAACCCUACAGUUUGCCUACACCCGACCCCUCUUCGAUGGAUGCCGGAGCGACCGAAUUCUUCACCCAUCUCCAAGACGAACACCAUCAGUCAGCAUACAGCUAUCAUCAUCACCAAGAGUACCAGCUUCAGGAACACACACACACCAACACGCACCCUCAAGUGAGCACUCGUUCUCAAUGCAUCCCUCACUCCAACGUCAACAUGCACACGCAGCACACCAAUCCCAGCAAUACACAACUAAAUCUGACGAACAACGCACAACAACUGAGUAAUGUGAGCGCCAACCCGCAGACUGGUCAGAAUACUUGUACUCAUCCUAACUCGGUCUCUCUCGCCCUCUUCAACAGAAAUCUUUCCCCUCCUUCUCAUCAAACCACCGCGUACUUGAGCUGCCCUUCCAGUACAGGUGUCUUUUAUGGUGCCAACUCUCAAUUGAAGCAUUCUUAUGAGGAACUGUCACUUCCUGUCGCCGGUCGCACGCAUACACACAACCCUGCUGAUCCGCAUACUCAGGCUCCUGUGGCAACACAGAGUCGAGGUCCUGGAGAAAUGGUGGAUGAGGUGGACAGCAGUGAGUUUGAGCAAUACCUCUCAUAUGGGGUCCCACAUGUACCCUUACAAGGGCCCGACCUAAUCUCAUCUGUACUGUCUGAUGCCAGCACUGCCGUCUACUACUGUGGCUACAAUAAUUCCUGAACAGAUUGAUAACACUAGACUCACUUGUGUCCUCAUGGUAAUCGAUUACUGUCUACCCUGAACUGUAUGCACCAUCAAAACUCACAGAGCAAAAUUAUUUGAAAUUUUAAAGGUUUUCAAUUAUUUGUGUCAUGAAUUCAAAACCUACUGACCACAUUCACUUUUUUCAAGGGUUCUCUCAUCAUUUACUCACCCUCAUGCCAUCCCAGGUGUGUAUGACUUUCUUUCUUCCGAUGAACACAAAUUAUGAUAUUUAGAAGAAUAUCUCAGCUCUGUAGGUCCAUACAAUGCAAGUGAAUGGGUGCCAAAAUAUUGACGUUCCACAAAGCACACAAAGGCUGCAUAAAAGUAAUCCAUAAGACUCCAGUAGAUAAAUCCAUGUCUUCAGAAGUGAUAUGAUAGAUGUGAGUGAGAAACAGAUCAACAUUUAAGUCCUUUUUUGCUAGAAAUUCUUCCCUCUGUCCAGUAGGGGGCGAUAUAUGUGAAGAAUGUGACCUAAUCUAACCAAAACACAAGAAGAAGAAUUUGAAAGUGAUCUGUUUCUGAAUUAAUUGAUUUAACAACUGGAGUCUUAUGGAUUACUUUUAUACUGACUCAUGUGAUUUUUUUGGUGCUUCAAAAUUUUGGCAUCCAUUCACUUGUAUUGUAUGGACCUACAGAGCUGAAAUAUUCUUCUAAAAAUCUUAAUUUGUGUUCAGCAGAAGAAAGAAAGUCAUAUACACGUGGGAUGGCAUGAGGAUGAGUAAAUGAUGAGAGAAUUUUCAUUUUUGGGUGAACUAACCCUUUAAUACAUUGUCCUGGUCUUAUUUUACGGGAUUCAUUAGUGCACGGUAUGUUCAUCAAAAUGAAAUAACUUGCUCUAUUGCAAGCCCUUUCAACAGUUAAUCACUUGCAGGAUAUGAAUUAUAGAUAUCUAUAAUAAUACAGUUUCCACAUGUUAAGAUGCAAAUUCACAAUAUCUGCAGUGGCAUUACUGCUGGUGAAAAUGCUAAUUUUUUAUAUUUGUAAUUAAGUUCUAUCAGGAAGACUCGCAGACUUGAGUGAAAUUCAAGAUGACAUUUAUUUGCUGAAUAUGAAACAGAAAUGUAAUGUCUCUCUUUGGCGUAAGCCCCGUCUGGCGGUAACGAGUGUUGUACUCGGAACCAUCAUAUCCUGCCGGAGAUAGGAGGCAGGGGCGAGGAGCCUACCCCCAUGCAGGACGGGACUCAACUGGUGGUGGUGGGGUGGUGGAGGUUGCCGUGUUAGCACACUGAAACAGAAAUGUGAUAGAUUGUGACAUUGGCUUACAUGUGAUUGGCUAGGAGUUACCUAGCUAAUGGUGCGAUGGUGUACAGCUGCUAGUCUUCCCGCUAGAACUACGCUGCGCUUACAUUUCUCACUAGUAAAAAAGUUCUUGAUAAAAAAACAAUGACGCCAUUACUCUUGAAAAUACCCAUUCUCGAUGUCAAAAAUGGACAUGUAACUAGUAAAAGACAUAUUUUUGAUAUCUGUAACUGCAUUUUCACCAGUAGAAUUUCAAAAUGAUCUAUCAUUCACUCCUGUUUCAAAUGCAAUAACAGAUAUGUAUAAUUAAUUUCUUACUAGUUCAAAUUCCAAAUACACAAAUCAGCUGUUCUUCUUACUAGUAAAAAUUAUAUAUUUUUUAAAUAUCAAUAAUUACAUUGUUACUAGUGCAAAUGUCCAUUCUUGAUACAGAAUUAUAACUAAAAUCUGUAAGUUUAUUUAAACAUGUUAGAUUUGGUAUUUCAGAUAUCUAGAAAUGGAUUUCGGAUUUUAAUACAUUGAAGAGUAAUUAAAGAUAUCAUAAAAGACUUGUUACAAUAACAUAGAUAUCUGAAAUUAAAAUUGCCACUAGUGAAAACCAAAUUGCAGAUAUCAAAAUUAGCAUUUUUACUAGGUAUAAUCUAAUUGUUGAUAUCAGGACUUGACAUUUUCAUUAAGAAAUACUUCACAUGACAGAAGUAAAAUGGGUAGUGCCGAUUUGAACCCUUUUAAAAAGUUGUUUAAUAAGAAUCGUAAGCAUUGAGAAGCACUGUAAAUAUUGUUAUCAUAAAAUUAAAUGUACAGUAAUACCCUGCGACUUUCUGUAUCAUUUUGUAUUUUUUGCAUUUUUGGAAAAUAAAGGUCUCAAAGGA